UUUGGGACAGAGGGACAUAGCUUCCACAGCAGCAUCACUAACAAACGCGGAUUGAUUUUUAGGCAGUCCAACACCCAUAACUGCGCAUAAAGGGAAACGUCAGCGAGAACUACGUAGUGCCAGGCAGGCGAAACCGAGACCCGGUUAUAGGCUACCGGACUGAAUCUCUCAUUACUCCUCUCCCAGACAGAGCAGGACCGAGUCAGUCUGUUGGUGUCAGUAAGAGCCAAUAAAACGAAUCAAGGAUUCUAUUUCUGAAGCAAAUAACCUGUAAGGAGAGUGUGCCGAAAACCCGUAUGACAUCACUACGUCCAUCCUUUUCUCCACAUUUCGGGACUGUAAAAAGUGCUUAAUCCAGGAGGACCACAUAAAGAUAAUUUAUAUUUUCAGAAAAAGUACGACGUUUCGGUGAUAUCUUGGAUAAAGUUAUCGACGAUUUAGGUAUGGAAGUCGCAGCCGAUCAAUCUCGGUGGAUGGCGCAUCAUCACGCCGUGUUGAAUGGGCAGCAUCCAGACUCGCAUCACCACAGCUUGGCCCACAACUACAUGGAGCCCAUGGCGCCGCUUUUGCCCCCAGACGAAGUGGAUGUGUUUUUAAACCACCUGGACUCUCAGGGGAACCCCUACUAUGCCAACUCCCGGGCCAGGGUUACAUACAGCCAGGCACAUGCUCGCCUUGGGAGUCCGGUUUGCCGGCCACACCUCAUCCACAGCCCCGGCAUCCCGUGGCUUGACAGCGGGAAGGCGGCCCUCUCUGCUGCCCACCACCAUAACGCAUGGGCGGUCAGUCACUUCAGCAAGCCAGGAAUGCAUCCUGCUAGCUCCGGCUACCCUUGCAGUAGCAGCUCCAGCACUGCUCCGGUGUCUUCCCUCACCCCUGCGUCCCACUGCAGCCCGCACCAUCUCUACAGUUUCCCUCCUACGCCUCCCAAAGACGUGUCCCCGGACCUCGGCCCUACUUCUCCAACCUCCACCUCGACAAGAAUGGACGAGAAGGAAUCCAUCAAAUACCAAGUGUCACUGGCAGAGGGAAUGAAAAUGGAGGGUUGCAGUCCUCUCCGCAACAGCCUGGCUUCGAUGAGUGCCCAAACUCCCGCAACACACCACCCCAUCCCGACCUACCCAUACUCUCUCCCAACACCACACGAAUACGGCGGCAGUCUCUUCCACCCCGGUAGCCUGCUGGGUGGAUCUUCAUCCAGCUUUACGCCGAAGUGUAAAAGCAAAGCCCGGUCGUGCUCAGAAUUCUGCUCAGAGGGGCGCGAGUGUGUCAACUGCGGUGCCACCUCCACCCCGCUGUGGCGGCGGGAUGGGACGGGCCACUACCUGUGCAACGCCUGCGGCCUGUACCACAAGAUGAACGGCCAGAACAGACCUCUCAUCAAGCCCAAACGCAGACUGUCCGCUUCGAGACGAGCUGGCACCUGCUGCGCUAACUGUCAGACCACCACCACCACCCUUUGGAGGCGUAACGGCAAUGGCGACCCGGUGUGCAACGCCUGCGGGCUCUACUAUAAACUGCACAACGUCAACAGGCCAAUGACCAUGAAGAAGGAGGGCAUCCAGACACGCAACCGCAAGAUGUCCAGCAAGUCCAAGAGGGGCAGGCGUUCCGGAGAUGGCUACGAUGAGCUGUCCAAAUGCAUGCAUGACAAGUCCUCCCCCUUCGGCGGUGGCCCUGGCCUGGCUGGACACAUGACCCACAUGGGCCACCUUCCCCCCUUCAGCCACUCCGGACACAUGCUGCCCACUCCCACUCCCAUCCACCCUUCGUUUGGCCAUCCUCACCAUCACUCCGGACGGUCGCCGGCCUGGGCUGAGCACUGAAACCUCCUGAAGCCCCUCCAUCACCCCUCCACCAUAUCAUCACCACCAAUGCUUCUGUCUCUAGAGGGGUAAAUUGGGCUCACUGUCAGUAGGACAUUGUUUUGCCUGGCCUCAUUUAGAGAAUUGAUGGAGAGGAGACGUGACUGAAGGGAGAGAAAACGUGAGUGUGCGAAGGUGAAGCGGAACAUGGGCGUGUUGAGUUGCUCCCUUCAAGUUGCCUUUUUUUUUACUGAGUCACUUUGGUACCCCUCCCACCCUAUGAGAGAAAAGAUGUGAGGUAUUAGGAGAACCACUGCUUUCCCCUCCUGAACCUCUGUAGUGUAAUGAGACCAACCCCCCUCCCCCUUCCUGUUGUGGACAGACUGUUCACACCGUGGGUAUGAGAGACUUUCUGAACCAGCCUCCCCACACAUGCAUACACACACACACACCACUGACCCCUCACCCCUCACAUGCUGGAAUACACACCCACCCGCCUGGUCCCCCUGGACUUUAUUGGAAAAAAGAAGCAAGCAAACAGAAAGUUUAUAUAAAGUUAAUAAUUGUUAUUAUUGUUGUUAUAAUUGAUGUUAUACUAGUUGUUAUGAUAAUUUAUUUUCACUCUUUUUGCUUUCUUCAGAACACAAGGAUAUUGUUACGAUUAUAAUUUCAUUGUUAUUAUGUAAAGAAAAGAACACAGACUUAUCUUAGACGAGACAUUGUUCCUAAGCUGUACGUUUUUAUCAUUUUGUCCAUCUCACAAAAUAAAGGAAAUCAAGUUUUAAUACUAAA